UAAACCCUAAAAAAGUUAGCAGCCCAGUCGACAAGCGUCCGCGAUCUCCGGCUACUACUUCCCUCGCUCCAGUCGGUCGCGAUUCACUCUGUCCGAACUCUCAAGUCUCCGGCGCCAUCGUCAGUUCUGCUCUCUGCUCGCAUUCCUCUCUGUCUCUGAAGGCUCGUGUCUGUCUCUAUCUCUCUUGUUAAUGGAAGACUGGAACUAACCUGACCUGAAAAACACAUUCUUUCCUAUCAAAUUUAUCACACAACUCAUGGCCAUCCUACACCUCUGUGCUUCCCUUUGUACGGGCCCAGCCAUUACAUGUUCCAAACAUUUCUUCCAUAACAGUAACUUUGUGCCUUCAUCUGUUGCACACACAGUCCCAAGACAUACUAGAAAUAUAAGAUUCUUACAUGAUGUCAGAAAUCCACAUGAAAGGGUGAACAGUAAGGAUAUUGACAUUGAUAUUUUUGAACAAGAACAAGAAGUCAAGGAUGAGGAUGAAGGUGAAUUUUCAACUCGGGCACUGUGUGCAAGAAGAGAAAUUGGGGACAUCAAUCUAAACAAUGGACAAGAAAAUGAAAAUGAUGACGCAGCUGGAUUUUCAGGUCAAGGACCAUAUACAGGUAAACAAGAAAAAGAUCAUGACCGUGAUCCAGAAUUUGCUGAAAUUCUUGGGAGUUGUCUUGAUGACCCAAACAAUGCCCGAUCCAAAAUGGAGGAGAGGCUAAGAAAAAAGAGGAAUAAAAUACUGCACACAAAGAGUGGAUCAGGUGUACCGAUGAAAGUGUCAUUUAACAAAUUUGAUUUCUCAAACUCAUACAUAUGGAUUGAAUUCUACAACACUCCACUUGCGAAGGAUAUCUCCUUACUUUGUGAUGCUGUUCGAGCAUGGCACAUAGUUGGACGUCUUGGUGGAUGCAAUUCUAUGAAUAUGCAACUAUCACAAAGUCCUUUGGACAAAAGACCAAGUUACGAUUAUAUUCAGGGAGCAAAUGUGACGCCAACUGCAUUUUACAACAUUGGGGAUCUUGAGGUUCAGGAUAACCUGGCUCGAAUUUGGGUGGAUAUUGGAACUAAUGAACCAUUGCUGCUGGAUGUUUUAAUAAAUGCAUUGACACAGAUAAGCUCUGAAUUUGUUGGGAUCAAGCAAGUGAUGUUUGGGGGAGCAGAAUUUGAGAAUUGGAAGGAGAACUUGACAUCAGAGGAAGUGGGAUAUAGCGCUCACAAGAUCUAGCCAAUGUUCAUAGAGAUACUAAUUAUUGUUAAAGGAUAUAGAAUUAUAUGCCAAUUGUAAAAUAUCUGAUCUUUCCUUGCCAUCGUCGGUUGGUUGUAUACUCAACAAUUUCAUGCAGCUUCCAAGACAAUUUGUUGAGAUGUACUGUGUAGCUUAUUUGGAAUAGGUUGGAAGAAUGCAUAGUGGAUUGUUCCAAGACAAAUGAUAAGAUGGAAUUUAUUCCCUUUGCAGCUA